AUGGAUCAUCAGUACGAGGCAGCACCGACGCCGUCUGUUUCUAAAGCAUGCAGUCGGUGUCGUGCGCGCAAAGUCAAGUGUGAUAUGCUUGUGCCGCAAUGUUCAACUUGCACUAAGCAAAAUGAAGACUGUAACAUCGUCGAUUACGUUUCCUACCCGUAUGCUGAAAUAGAGAAACUUCAAAAUCAAGUUGCGGUACUUCAUGCAAAGCUUGCAGAGGCCGCCUCGACAGCCAGGAUACAGGAUACCGUUACAAGAGGCCCAUCUGUUGAUGGCCCGGCUCCCCAGGAUCCGCAGUAUACCCAGAAUGAGGCAGCAGCAGACGAUGUCUUGAAGGAAGCUGAAGAGGUCGGGAUUCUCGCUGUUGCUGGAUCCAACCAGCAGUCACAAACCACCUAUGCUGGGAGUGCCACCGGUUCAACAUUUGUUCGCAUCUUUUUCAAACAGCUACAUUUCUUGCCGUACACGACUCUGUUUACACUGGAAGCUGGCCUUGAUCCUGUCUCGAUGAGUGCUACAGCUGGUCUGCCGCCAUUCACUAUUGCUAAGUUACUCUGGAACGCCUACAUUGCCCGUAUACAUAUAUGGUGGCCCUUUCUCUCCCUCUAUAGCCUGAGGCAGGCAAUACAACAAAUUUACAAAGACCCCUCUCGAUGCAACGAGUUUCAAAAAUUCACCGUCUUUCUUGUCUUCGCUCUGGGUUCUCGGGAAAGUUUAGAGAAUGAAGAUUACAAGCAAAUGAGAGAUUUGAACUCUCCAAUAGCGUACUUCAAAACUGGCCUCCGGUUCUUUGCACAAUUUGGCGACCAUGAUCGACAAAUAUUUAAUAUUCAGGCAGUGCUGUUGCUGGGCGUGUGGAUGUUACAUUCCAACUCGAGCAGUCACAUCAGUGAUCUCUGGCAAAUGAGCCGUUAUGCCAUGUCUAUGGCAUUAGAGACUGGACUACAUCGCCACAACAAGACCUGGUGCUUCCCACAGGAUGAACUGGAGAUUCGUAAUCGAACGUGGUGGUCUGUGUAUGCGCUGGAGAGGCAGGUUGCCGUUUUUACGGGCCGAGUUCUGUCUGUUCGUGAUCAUGCUGUUCAAGCUCUCAUGGCCUCGCCGUCUAGUAUAGACCAACUUACUGAAUCCGAAGCAAGAGCCGCACCUGUGUUCCGCUCCUCGAAGAUCCUCCCGUUCAAUCUCAUCGUUCAACUGCGCAGGAUUGCUGGCCGUGUACUCGAGUCUAUAUAUAUCGCCCGCGGGCCGGAUGGGAGAUGCCCUACUGCUUCCUUCCAGGAUAUAUGUAACAUGUCCAAAGAGAUUCAUCGUGAGCUGGAAGAAUGGAAGAAGCAUCUGGAUGAUUCGGGAUUAAAAUCCUCCCGAGAACACUCGGAGCUGAAGAUCGAGUACUGCAUUAUUCUGCUCCUUCUCAAUAGACCUUCCCCUACCUUUAUGGUUCCCUCACGAGAGAUGCUUUCGAUUUGCUCCGGGGCGGCUUCUAGCGCAAUUCGACAUUGGCACAAGCUGGCAGUCGAUUACGGCAUCUCUGCGGCAUGUCCAUCCCCACGCCAACUACACUCUAUUUUACUCGUUGGGCUCGCUGCCCUGUAUUGCGACUGGCAAUCUACCAUGGUAACUUCAUCAGUUACUUCGAGUGUGAGCUCACGAGGGUCCAUGGCUCCCCACCGCCAUGGUCAAGAGACAGCCGUUGUUCUUGACCUCCUUGAGAGAGGAAUAAAACUGAUUAAUGAACCUGCACUAUCCAAGUUCCGAGACCUAUUCCAUGCAGCUCGCCUAAAGGUGUAUGGGCCACUAUCGUCUAAAACUCCCCUGGGCGUCGAUUCAGAUGACAGCAACGCCUUUGCUCAGCCGGCGCAAUUUUGGAACCCACCAUCAGACCCCGCGAGCAUGUAUGGAGUACAAAAUCCAAUGGCAGCGAUGGAGGAGGGCCUAGAUGCGUAUAGGAAUGAGGUGACUGAUCUUUUUGAUGCUGGUGUGCUGGACAUCGAUAACAUGUUAUCGAAUUGGUACGACGCUAUUAUGAGUUAG